GGGCAGCAGCCUAAUGGAGGAUGCCCAGAUCUUUCUCUCCCCACCCACCUUCUUCAGCUGAUCCGGGGGAACACCAAGACGUUCCCCUGGAUCAAGAAAUGGCCGUCUACCAGCAGCCCACCCAGGUAGUGACGGUCACCACCACUAAUCUAAACCAUGGGACUUGGAGCACUGGCCUCUGUGAUUGCUUCAGUGAUAUGGGCACUUGUUGCUGUGGCCUUUGGUGUUUUCCCUGCAUGCAGUGUGAUACAGCCAACAAGCACGGCUGUUGUUGCUGCCUCCCAGUCCUGGAUGUAUGCUGCGUGGUGUCGUCUUUGCUCCGCAAGUCCAUCAGAGAGCGCUAUGGGAUCUAUGGCUCGUGCUGUGAUGACUGGUGUAAAGCAUUUUGCUGUUACAUGUGUUUCUGGUGCCAGAUGCAUCGCGAGGUGAAGAUCAGAACGGCCUGUAGCUCACCAUCUCAAUGAUGGUCACCACUCAAGUUGUCAGAGGACAGUAUGUAACCAUUUUGGCGGUUUGUUGGGUGAAUAUGACAAAGUUAUUUGGUAUAAUUUUAAGAUGACACAAUAAAUAUGAAAAGUUGAUUUCUGCUUCUACACUAUUAGGCACAAACAAAGAAUUUAGCCUGACACACAAGCUGCUUUUUCAUCGCCACUUUAAGAAUUUCUAAGUUCCUGUGCUCGUGUGGUUCAGUGCAAUAUGUAGAAUCAAGAUUUUUUUAGCUUUGGCAGCACGUUGGGUAUAAAAUAUAAUUGAGAACGUUUGUUUACUCUGGCCAGAAAAAUCUGUGUAAUUUCACAUGCUCACAGUUAUUGUAAUCUUUCUGAACUUUUGCUGAAAUAAAAAAAUAUUCAUCUUUUUU